AUGGCGCCCGCCGCCAGUUCGACGACUCGGGUCGUCGACCACGUGUUCCGCUUCGGCGCGCUCGCCUACGUGACGAUCUUCACUGUGCUCGUCUUUUGGAAGUUGGCUUCUACUUCCGUUACCUUGCCGCACAAAAGCGUCCCCACUACCGUAUCCACGGAGCCGGAAUCGACGUCAGCGACUCAUACUGUUCCGGCCUUCCCUACGAACUCUACGAUCCCUGCGCCUUCUACGACGUCGCCAAGCAGUUCGCCCACGCCACCCUCGCCUUCGUCGAUCGCUCCAAUGAAUACGACAGCGCCACCUACCACAACUUCAACCAGUACGACGACGACCUCGGCUACUAAGACAACCGCAUCCAGCAUACCCGCCCCAAACUCUACGGCCAUUCCGCCGAGCGCAACGACUACAACUACGGAAAAGACGACCACCAUGGAGACGACCACCAAGGAGACGACCACUAAGAAGACGACCACUAAGAAGACGACCACUAAGAAGGCGACCACCAAGCAGACCACCACAACCGCCACCACCAAAAAGCCCGCCCAAUUAAACGAUACUCGGCUCGAAGACGAUCGCUUCCGCCUCAAAGAGGUGAUGAACAACCGAUGGAUCCCCUCCAUC